AGGCUUUGAAAGUCAGCCUCGCAGGCAUUGCAGCAGAGCCCCGAACCGCGGAGGGGAGCGGCGUAGAGCUCGGCUCGCUGUGUACGUGUGCGGGGCGAGGGGACGGGGGCGCGGGGAGGCUCGGCGCGUCUUCCAGUCGGGGACGGGGCCCGAGCUCGGAGCCGCCGCGCCCCGCGCUGCCGGAGCCCCGCUCGCCGCUGUGAGGCGAGGCCGGCGGGUGAGCGCGGCGGGCGGGGACGGGCCGCGCGGGGCGGCGCGGCGCUGCCGGGCGGCGGCGGCGGGGAACAAUGCCGGGAUGAAGCAUGGAAUUGCUGAAAGAGAAAGUUAGUGCAUCCUUGGACUCCUGAAGGAAGAGCCUUCCUUAUGGGACCACUUUCAAGCAAGCCUGCCUCCUCCAGCCUCCCUGCUGACAAAUGGUGGUGGAUUAUAGAUGAGGACACGCUGACCCGUUCGACCUUGCUGAGACAGCGGGGAGGGGCCUCCUGCUACUUGAGGGAAGCUUUGGGUCAUUUAAAGGACAAGGUCAUGAGCCAGAAGACAUUCCGCCCUCCUCCUUGUAUUGGUCGGGACCCGGGCAUUGGGGAGUCAAGUCGAAGGAGAGAGAAAAGAGAUUUUGCAUUAGUAUUCUAUGAAAGCCUUACUGUCUGCAGAACAAAUUGAUUGCUACAGCGUACCUGUGCUUGGCACCACUGCUGUGAAAGAAAGGUAUGGUUGUAAUCUGUUUUAUUGUAUUACAUAUUGUGACACUCCAGGAAUGCUUAACGUUCAGCUCUUCUGUGGCACGUGCUGGAAGUCUAAGUGAAGAAAAAUAUGUGGAUGAAUGAAAAGUAUGUGAGCCUGUUGUAUCUGCAGCUUUGUUUACUACAAAGAACUCAGUAGCCCCUGCUAACGAGGCAGAUUUAUUGUAUAUGCCAAUGGCAACGUAAGAAGAUUGGCAGUGGAGUUCUCUGUUUUAUUUUCAGUUACAGCUGUGUCAGUAGUGGCUACACGACUGUACAGAUAAAAUUCCAGUUAAUGCUUUAACUGGGGGGGCUCAGUUUAACUUUUAUUAAGAUGGUCAAUGAGAAAUAUAUUUGAACGUUGGUGUGUUUGCCUCUUUAAAUGAAAGCAGCUUUUUUUUUUUCCCUAGGUCUUUUUAUCAGCUGCUCUGGUCCUACAUCUGGGGGUUGGGAGGGAGGAAAGUGGUAUGUGAAGGAAUGUACAAAGGCAGGAAGAUCUUAGAUGUGCUGGUACAAUAAACAGAACUGGAACAUAGCUGAGAAAAGUAUUAGAGUAUUUGAGCCUUCACUUCUCCCACCACACACCCCAACCACGUAAAUAUGCACCCGUUUCUUUUAGCAAGAAAGCCAGCGCUGUUCAUUUUCUCAACUCCAUUGCAGGCUUGAUGCAAUUGAUUCUCUGGUUUUAUAGAUGCUUAGCUGAUCUCGGUUGUGCUUGCGAAGUAUGAAGUGCUACGUUAAUAAGAUUCAGGCUGUUUCACAGGGGGCUGUGAUUAGAGCUUCAUUCUUGGCAUCACUAAGUUGUGUUUGUGAUUAUUUGGAUGUCUGCUCGUGGUCAUUCCAAACCAUCUGAAGUAUCUGCUCUGGUCAUGUAGAUGUUUCCAACUAAUCAAGUUCAGGACAGGUGGCAGACUUGUCCCGGACAUUGAAAUCUGGAUGCAGACCUAAUCUAAUAACUUGAUGAGAAAAUGAAAAACCAUCUCUCCCAAUGUGUUGUCACUAUACGUAAACCACGGAGGUGUCUGUGACAUUCUCUCUCUGCUCAGUGUCGCGGCAGGUGACAAGUAAAUGGGUUCCUUUAAGGAAAUGAAAGACUUGGAGAAUGCUGUCGUGCACUGUAAUAGUUACUUCCGUCUUAUGGCCUUGCGGGCUUAAGAUUAACACUUUAUAGAUGUGUGGUAUAUUUAUGAGUAUUUGCUUGAGCUUACAUUUUACACCUCGCAAGGAGUGUGAAUACAGCCUUAUGUAAGUCAUUUAUCAUCCGGAUCCUCUGGCAGCUAAGAAAAUUUCUGAGAAUCCCAGAUGCUGUGCUGUGAUUGUUUGUACUCAAAUGACUAAUUUAAUUAAAACUAAUUAGUCAAAACUUAUUUAUUCACAGCAAAUAUUUUGUGAGUGAGCUGUUCUUCCCCCCGGAGUUCUUUUGGAAAGCCGUGCUGAAGUUCUCGUCACUCAUGCAGUGUCCACAGGAACCUCAGUCAAGCUUGGCAUGAUUUGGUGUUCCAGAACCUGGGCAGCACUGAGAAGUUCUGCAGCUCUUAAAGAAGGCACUUGCGGUGGAGUGAGAAGCACAUUCAUAGAGCUCCAGCACUGACGCUUUCAAGGUAUUCUGUGUGCUCGAUGAAGAUGGAAAAAGAUGAAAACCAAACUAGCUUCCUGGAGAAAGCUGAAGAAAGCAAAUACGUAAUGGAACUUUACUACCUUAGAAGUGUGUUUUGAGUGCUCUUCCUAGGCAUCCUUCGUAAAUAUUCAAUAUAUCAACACAAGGACAUGAUUGGAAAUCUGGUUUAUCAAACAAGAUACACUGGAAGAAACCUGCCUGGAAUGUGACUGUGUUGUUUCUGAAAGUUUGUGAGAAAACGCUAUAGACAUCUAUCUAUUAUUUAUUAGCUCUGCAUCUCGAUUCAGCUGCAGCAAACUAGUCUUUGAAGUGAAUAGAAACAGAGCCCUUUUGGAUACUUUUAUUGAACAUGACUCAUGGAGAAGAGCUUGGCUCUGAGAUGCACCAGGAUUCUGUUGUUCUAACCUACCUAGAAGGAUUACUAAUGCAUCAAGCAGCAGGAGGCUCAGGUACUGCAGUUGACAAAAAGUCUACUGGGCAUAGCGGAGAGGAUCAAAACUUUAAUAUUUCUGGAAAUAUAUUUCCCAGCUGUCAAAGUAAUGGUCCAGUUCUUAACACAAGUACGUAUCAGGGAUCUGGCAUGUUGCACCUCAAAAAAGCAAGGCUGUUGCAGUCUUCUGAGGAUUGGAAUGCAGCAAAGAGAAGGCGGUUGUCUGAUUCCAUUGUGGAUUUAGAUGGAAAAAAGGAAGCUUUGUUAGCUGGCAUGGUUGAAAAUGUGCCUAAAGGCAAACAGGAUAGCACAUUACUUGCCUCUUUGCUUCAGUCAUUCAGCUCUAGGCUUCAGAGUGUUGCUCUGUCACAGCAGAUUAGACAGAGCCUUAAGGAGCAAGGCUAUUCCCUUAGCCACGAUUCUUUACAGGUGGAGAAAGAUUUACGGUGCUACGGUGUUGCAUCCAGUCACCUGAAGACUCUCUUGAAGAAGAGCAAAGCAAAGGAUCAGAAGUUGGACAACAGCCUGCCUGAUAUAACAAAGAACCUGCCCAAAGAGAGGUUUAUAGAAUCUCCUCAUGCAGUGCAAAGCGGACCUAAAGUAAUAAAUGAACCACUGUCAUGUGCUGCAAGAUUACAAGCUGUGGCAAGCAUGGUAGAGAAACGAUCUAGUCCUGCUGCUUCACCGAAGCCCAGUGUAGCAUGCAGCCAACUAGCUUUACUCCUUUCAAGUGAAGCUCACUUGCAGCAGUACUCCAGGGAACAUGCUUUAAAAGCACAAAAUGCAAAUCAAAUAGCAAGUGAGAGACUUGCAGCUAUGGCCAGAUUACAAGAAAGUGCUCAAAAAGAUAUUGGCCAGUUCAGUUUAGCGAAAGGAAUGACAAGCCAUCUCAAUGGUCAAGCAGGAUCAUCAACCAAAAUGGUAUCUAGCAAAAGCAAUAUGACACCAUUUCAGAGUUCAGUGGGAAUCACACAUUCACCACCCAAAAAUGUCGGAUUCAAAAGUACCUUGGAAAGGAAUAAUGUGAAAACCUCUCCUAGCAACAGUUUGCUCUUACAUCUCCUGAAAAGCCAGAAUACCACCAAACAAUUAAAAGGGCAUGAACAGAGUGAGAGAGCCAGCAUUUUUGAAGAGAGCAGCACACCAACAACUAUUGAUGAGUAUUCAGACAACAAUCCUAGUUUUACAGAUGACAGCAGUGAUGAUGAAAGCUCCCAUUCUAACUGUCUUCCUAUAGACUUAUCUUUUAAACAGAGGACAGACAAACCAGACACAGGUCCACCUGCAUCACUGGAUAACCUGACUCAGUCCUUGCUUCACAGCUGGGAUCCAAAAGUUUCCUGUCCGGAGAACAAGGAAGACAAAGACACUCCGAAGGCAUCUAAACUGAACCCCCAUCAAAAAGUAACACUACUUCAGCUUUUACUUGGGCAUAAGAGUGAAGAAAAGGUAGACAAAAGUAAUGAGCCUCAGGGACCACACAGUGCUGCUGAUGUGGCAAAAUUCACUGUACAGACUGGUAAAAGGACUCCUGUUACUGACAGUCCCAAUGCAAAUCGAAUGACUCCACUAAACACUCCACCUUUGCUUGCUUCUGCAAAAGCAGACUCUCCUAUAAAUCUCUCUCACCCAUCAUUAGCCAUCAAGCGUAGCUCACCACCGUAUGCCUGCAGCAUCCAGCCAGACAGGCUGGUGAAUCCUGCAUCUAAACAUUUGAUAGACCUUUCAAAAAGCAAAGAAAUUCAAGGAGCUAAGCUGAGCAGAAAUGACAGUCCACAAAACUCUUCGGCUUUCAGUGCCAGCAAGCUGUUGCAGAAUCUUGCUCAGUGUGGUAUGCAGACUUCCAUGUCAAGCGAAGAACAAAGAUCUGGCAAACAUCUGCUAGUGGGGAGCACAGAUAAACCCGUAGGCUUGAUUGAUAGAUUGAACAGCCCUCUGCUUACAAAUAAAUUAAGUACACAUGAAGAAAAUAACAAAAUAUUAAGUUGUCAGUCUGUACCCACUGAACAAGGACUUCCAGGUUCAGAAAUAGAAAAUCUCCUUGAAAGGCGUACUGUCCUUCAACUGCUUCUGGGAACUCCCAAUAAAGGUAAAAAUGAAAAGAAAGAGAGGGUGCUUUUAAGAGAUGAAAGUUCUCAGGAACAGACAGAUAAGGCUUUGAAUGAGCAAAUAUUGACAGUGAAAAUAAAAACUGAACCAUCUGAAGAAUCAAAUGUCCCUUAUAAUUCAAAUGCACAACAAAUAAGAGAGUGCAAGGGUAACAAAUUUCAAGGAUUUGUUCAUUCACUGCAGAGAAACACAGCUGCUUCUCCAGCAUCUGAGGAGAUGAAGUCUGAGCCUCAUUCACCUCAAGAUUUUUCUUUUUCCAAAAAUGGCCUGCUAAGUAGAUUGCUGAGACAGAAUCAAGAUAGUUACCCUGCGGAUGAGCUGGACAGAAGUCACCAAAACAAUGAGCCGACACACCUGGAAUCAAAGAGUCUUUGCACAAUACCGAAGAAAAGGAAGCUUCAUGCUGAGCCUUUGGAAAGUCCGUUAAAAAAGAUGAAAACUAAUGUGUCUCAUGCUGCAAACAAUCACAUUUCUCCUUCAGAGGCACUGUAUGGGCCUUUGCUAAGCCAGCAAGAACUGAAAUUCGGCAGAAGUGAUUCAGAAUUUAAAUAUGCUGUAAGUCAUGGUUCAAAUAAUGAAAGUGGUAAUAGGAGUUGGUCUAGAGAUAGUAAAGGCUUUAAUGUGUUGAAACAGCUGCUUCUCUCAGAAAACUGUGAGAGAGACCUGUCGCAACAUAGGAAUAACUUACUAACUGAGGGCAAGAAAAAAGGAAACAAAAGCAAUGCAACAAUUAAUAAACCCGAGUUCAGCAUUUCUUCAGUGAAUGCAUUAAUGGGAAGUCCUGUGCAACAGAGCGGUUGUGUAGAUCACAGAACAUUUCAGUAUCCGGUAAAAAGUCCUGCCAGUUCACCCUUCCCUGAACAUUUGGGGAGACUUGAACCUGACCAGUUUAGUGUGUGUCCCAUGCCCAGUGAGAAGGGUCCCAUUAGAUGGGUGAUCACGGGUAUGGACAAGAAUGAUUAUGAAAAAGACUCUCCGAGACUGACCAAAACCAAUCCGAUCUUGUACUACAUGUUACAGAAAGGCGGCAACUCUGUUAGUAGCCAAGAAGCACAUGACAAAGAAAUUUGGAAUGAACCAUCAUUUACCGAUAGUUCGACUCGUGUUACAAUCAAAGAGGAGUUAACAUCUGAUGGAGAGCUUAAAACUCCUUUUAGUAACUUAAGAAGCCCUUACAGCAGCCAUAUGGGAAAUAAGACCUCUCACCAACAUGCUGUGAAUGGAGAAGUGCAUGGACUUCUGGAAAAAGUGCUAACAAUCAAAAAAGAGCCAGAAUAAACUACAGCCUCAUCAAGGAGUUUACAAUCUGUGGUUUUGAGUCUUUGUUUAAAAAAAAAAAAAAAGGAAAAAAAAAAAAAAAACAACAUAAAAGAAAAGAGUACGAACUUGACUACUGUAUAAAUUGAGCAUGAUUUUAGAAAAGCAUGGUCUAAUUGAAACAUGUUUUCAUUUGAUAAACUUUUUAUUUUUAUGGUGAUGUUAUUUAAAAUACAUGUAGAUAAAAUUUGCUUUACUAUAGAUUGUCACAAGGAAAUUAGAAAGGUUGUAAUUUGUACAAGACAUUUCUGUAUGCAUCAAAUUAAGUUAUGAGUACUCUUUGAUCAGAGUCUUAUUUGGAUUUGCAAGUCUUUGGUAUAACAUAAAGUGUAAGCGUACAGCCUAGGUGGUGGUAAUGCUGCGUUUCCUCCCUCUCCUGUAAAAUAAUCCUUAUUUCUUUGGAAGCCUGAGCAUAGAGACAGUGUACUUUUCUUGGAAUGUUUAAUAUGCUUUGUGAAAUUUUAUGAAUAACUUUAAAGAAAUGGAGCAGUCCGUCCAAGGUAUUAACUCAUCACGCUGGAAAAACUUGUGUCAGUGUUAAUAAUUGAACUGCACUGAAAUGUCAUUUUUAGUGCUUCCAAAAUUUUUAUUGUUAUUUUUAAAUCUUGUUUGUGGUUCUGACAGAAUAGUGGUGUAAAAUCUAUUUUUCUUCCUUGCCCUGCUUUUGACAAAGGCCUUCCUCAGAAUCCUUAGCCAUAGUUAGGAGUUCCUAGCUACAGUUAAGGGUUUUUUCUAGGUUUUUAUAUAAAAAGCAGAUUUUCAUAUAUCGUGCAAGUAUCACAUCAGUCUUCUGUCAGUACAUUCCUGUCACUUCCCUCCUUGAAAAGGGAAAGUCAAAAUGCCUCUUGGAGUACUGCAUUUCAUCAAGCGUAGCACACAGAUUUGGUGAGGAAAAUGGUGGAACAUUUGUGAACCAGAUAGUCAGAUUGUGUGUUGCCUCCUGCACAAGAGAAUGCCAGCUGUGCUCAAGCAGCACGUCAGACUUCCACUCAAAUACAGCAUAGAAUUUUUCAUUAAAAAUGCGUUGGCCUCUUCCUACGACUAGAGGAGAGAAUCCAUAUUCUGCCAAUAUUUAUUACUCUCUGAACAGCUGAUGCAUGGUUCAAUGCACUGCCUUUUCUCUGCAGAAAAUCUGGUUUCAGAAUAAUUUUUCAGGUUGCACUGAGGAUAAAAUUGUGGUUUUGUCAUGUUUUGUAAUGGAUAGUAGGAUAUGUCUCGGAAAUUCUUGUCUGCCCUUUUCCUCGGUCCCCACCUGUGCUGUGAUUUGUAACAUCAGUCUGGGAUGGGAGUAGCGGAAAAUUGUGGUCAAAGCUGACACACCUUAGAAGAAUUGCUGACUGGGGAAGCGCCAAGCAGCACUGUUAACGCUGUCAGUGUUAACUCCAUUUGGAGCCCUUACUACUCAUGGGAGAGGAAAAGGACGAAAUCUGGUUCCUCUGAAUUAUGCACAUUAAUAGUUUGGCUGAACUUUUUACUCCCCUGAAAAAAUGUUCUCUGUAGCGUUUAAUAUCAUUUCUAAUUCCCUGUGUUAUCAGAAAACAACUUAGCAGUUGGUUUGCACAGAUAAUGAAAGCCACACUUGUGUUUUCAUAUUAACCAUUUUCACCAUGGAGAGCUGAUGACAUGACAAAACUGCGAUUUCUUCUUUUUAGCUCGUGUUUGCAGAGAUGAGUGAUGGGGCAUUUUGCUCUUUUCCUUUCUGCUUUUGUUGCAGAGGCCCUUUCGCAAGCCUUCUGGCUUACUUAGGCAGAGAGAGCAAGCUGCUAUCCCAUUCUCAUCCUCUGGCCACCGCCUGGGGUCCCUUCUUUCUAUUGCAGUCCCUACUGAAAGGGACUUCUCUCUGCCAGCUGGAAAGUGCACCACAAUUCUGUUGAACCCUGCUAUGGAUACCUUCUUUUAGGGAACACAAAUGUUUGGCAGUAUCCAGUAUAGAACAUUCCCCCUGGUUUAUAUGAGAAGUAACAGAGCAACUUAAAGAUAUAUUUUUAUGUUAUUUGGGUGAAGCGUAAUAUAUUAAUGGGCUGUAGAAAGAAGAUUUAUAUUUUAAAACCUUCACGCAAAUCUAAUAUCAUUUUAAAUGUCAUUGUCUGAAGUAUAAUAUAGAAAUAAAUUUUGUCUUUAAUAUUUGCAUUUAUAAGUGGCCCAAUGACUAUUCAAAUGUCUCCUAGAGUAAUCAUUAACGAGAUAAAGUAUAUUUUGCAUUGACAGUUGAAAUGAAUUCUUUUUAUAUGAGUCAACCCAACAGAAAUAUUUAAAAAGAUGGUAUUUGUUCCAUCCGUUAAAUGUCUCUUAAAGUCUUAAUUGAUUAUUUUUCUUGAAACAACAUGUAAAUAGCUAGGAAAUAUAUACAAUAUAGAAUAAUAGAUGGUCCCCAGAGUAAAUACAGGGCUAUAAUUUGCUUGAAGGGCUCCUCAGAAAAAUGCGGCUUCGGUGGACGUGAAUGAAUGUGUUUUGUCAUUAAAACGAAGUUCUGAUGAGAAGUAGGAGAAAAAGUCUAACUAACCAUAAUGAAAAGUAAUGUUGGAGUCUAGGAGUGUGCUUACCCAUGUAUUUAUUCUAUGGUAGUCUAUUGUUGUAAUAUAUACUUUUGAACAUUUAGUUUUUAAAGUUUUAUAAAACGUUUAAGUUAAAAUGUUAAGUUUGACCAGUUAAUGAUUUAGCUUUCUUUUAAAUGGAGUUAAUGAAAGGGUAUUGCGAUUCUCACAGAUGUCAGUAAAUUAUAAUACGCAAGAAUUUAAUUUCAGGUCACGAAGUUCAUGGAAGAAUCUUGCCUGUUGUGGACAUUACAAUCUGAAAGCAGUGUGCAGCAUAAAGAUGAGGCCCUUGAGAGGAAAGGGCCUGCUAACUUAAUGCUGCUCUCCAGUCAGCUGCUAAGAGGGCAACAGCCUUUUAUGCUCAGUUCUCCAGCGCCACUGAUGUUACUGCUCCCUAGGGAAGAGUGUUCUUUUUCAAAAUCUGCCCCAUCCACACUUACAGCCUUUAAACCUGAGGACUGAAGACUUUUCCAUCAUUUUUUGUCUGAUAGCAUGGGAUGGGUGAGUAAAAAGGAGUCACCGUUGUCAUCCUUGGGGAGUUUUCCCUCUCUGUUGUUCCACCAAAAGAGGGAGAUGUGGGAGUUGGCUUUGCUGCACCAGCAGAAGGACCAGUAAGGUUUGGCCACAUUUUUCCAGGCAACUCAAAAGAUCCUUGAUUUCCCCCAGUCCCUGUGGGAUGAGUGAGAAACCAAGGUCAUCUGCUGAGUAAUGCUCGGUGAUCUCAGCAACUCCAGUCUCCUUGGUUCAGUAGAUAUUUACUGCUAGGAUACACGUUUCAGCUGUCCCCGAAAUGCUCCCUCAGCCUGUGAGAGUGGAGGCUUCGAAGACAGGCCUGCCAGCUCAGGAGGGUGAUAUUUCAGCUAGGUUUUCAGACCGUGGGCUUGAAGAGGAUCAGGGACAUGUCAGAUACAGGCAGCAGCAGCUGCAUAGGUGAGAGGUACGGAACUGUUAGGUGCAGUCAUGUGAGCUCACCGUCGGGGGAGGGAGGAGAUGACACUGCACCUGGAAAUGGGUGACACUGUUGGGGAAAUGCUGCCUUCACCUCAUGGAGCAGUGAAGAAGCGAGUUAGGAAUGUGUACGCUACCUAAAGUUGUAGCUGCAUCCCCUUGGGACUUGUACCAGAGUCAACUUUAACCUCCUGUAACUGAGAACAGCUGCUGCGGCAGCAGCUGGGUUGCCAAGUGCCCUGUGCCUUGCUCGAGGCUGGACCUACAGGCCGCUUCAUCCGCUGUGUUAGUAUAGUACUCAGGCUAGGCAGAUUUGGGGUUUGACUUGUAAUUGCCACACGGAUAUGCCUUUUGUUUCCAGAGGGAAGGGUAAGGGACCGAGAGAACCAGAUUUCUAGCAUCUCCGCUGCCAAACGUGAGGAAAUGACAGGAAGGUGACACACGACCGCAGAAUCAGAGCUGUGUUGCUAGAGGGCUUCUGCACUGAUACCCCUUAACCUGUCAGCGCAGUUUGAGAAGUUUAUAACCGUCGUAAGAUCAAAAGGGAAUUCAGCCAUAACUUUCACUUUUCUUAGCCAUUUGCUCUUAGUGAUGUUUUUAAAUUUUUAAUUUACAAAUCUUUUUAAAAGAAAGAAGUGAGUGGUUUAAAUUUACCCUGUUAAAUGUUGGUGAAAGUAUUACAGCUCUCAUUGACGUCAGUGACAUAAUAUUACCAGUUUGUUCUCUGCCACAUCUUACAGAGGAGUAAACUGGUAAGUAUAUAUUAUAUAUAUUUAUAUAUAAUGUAAAUAGAUUGACUUGUUACACCUAUAAUAUGUUGAAAUUGGUUUUUAAAAGGUGAUGUAAAUAGUGGUUUCCUUAAUGAAAAAUACGUAUUUUGUAUUGUUCUAAUGCAAAGAAAAAAAAAAAAACCAAACAACAAAACCUUUUAAUCUUUUUUGUUGUGUAUAUUCCAUGUAUAAGUGUAAAUACGAUCACAUAGGUUUAAAAACUUUUGCAUGUAUGUAUACAGUUGCAAGUCUGGAAGAAUGUAUAGAAAAAUACUUUUAUUUAAAGUUGUGAUUACCUGCUGCAUGAAAAGUGCAUGGGGGACCCUGUGCAUCUGUGCGUUGGCAAAAAUGUCUUAACAAGUCAGGUCAGUUCAAAACACAACAGUAUUCCACUUCUGGACAUGACUUCUGCUGUGGUAUUUUAGCUUUGUGAAAGAAUGUGCUUCAAAUCAAAAGGGUCUGGGAAAAAAAAAAAAAUGCAAACCUACUUUUAAAACAUGAAGUACUCAUACAACUGUAAUCGGUCAUGUAAGUUCAGGAUUCCAUUCUACGUAACUGAGAUAUUGUACCGGGACUAUUCCGUUGCUGUGAAACAAAGGAAUAUUGAUUUUCAUUGCCAUUCAUAAGAAUUUGGGAUUUUACCACAACCAAUUUUAUUGUGAUGUGUUUUCAGUAAUUUAUCUAACUGGUCUCAUUUUUUUAUUAGAAAUUAAUUUCCUCAUGUGAUGUCACAAAACUGUACAUACUGCAGUGUGAAGUUUUUUUAAAUCUUUCAGUGUUUACUUCCUGCAGAAGAUUUGAAUAAAUGAGAAAAAUGCAUUGUC